AUGUUGAUGGGUACGAAUGUUAGUCCCUACGAACAGCCCAUGGGCGCGAAGGGAAACGGUAUUUGUAGCUCGAGGAUCGUUGACUACAGCCCGCUCGCCCAACCAUGCUCCAACGAUUUUGCCAAGUCAGGGAUGUACUCGAGGCCGAAUGCCAUGAGCGAGUUAGAGCACUUGAGGCCUGGAAUGUACUCAGGAAUGAAGGGGGGUUACGAUUCUUUUUGGAAGGUUCCGAACUGGGGAAAUCCCUGA